AUGAUCGGCAGCUUCCUCUCAUGCGGAGGGGGUCUUUGGGACGGCUUCCACGUUGACGCACCAACAACAAACGGACUUGUCCACGGCGGCAUAAAUGAGACCGCUCCAUUGGUGCGACAUUGGCUUGGUGUGCCCUUUGCUCAAAGUCCCGUCGGCAACCUGAGAUUCGCACUGCCCCAGGCAUUGCCAGCUAAUGCAACCACGACUGAUAUCGAUGCGACCAACUUCGGCCCGAAUUGUCCUCAAUACGAAGCAACUACUCCUUCCGUCUACAAUAAAAUCAUCCGCGAGUUCUUCAUCUGGGGUGACGAUGGUGAUGACUGCCUUUCUGUGAGUAUCUGGGCUCCCCUGAAUCCUACCGAGGCCCAACUUCCCGUCUUCAUCUGGAUAUAUGGUGGCGGCGAUACGACCGGUGGCUCCACUGUGCCUUAUCAAAAUCCUCAGAAGUGGGUGCAACGCACACAGGCACAUAUCGUGGUAUCCCUUCAGUAUCGACUGAAUUUUUUCGGUAAUCCCAAUGGGCCGUUUGGAAAUGGUUCUGCAGCGCUUGGCUUCUGGGAUGUGCGCUUAGCAACCGAAUGGAUUCGUGACAAUAUCGCGGCUUUCGGCGGAGACCCGACACGCAUGGUCAUGUGGGGACAGUCCGCUGGUGCUGGGAUGACCGGUCAGCAAAGCCUUGCGUGGCCCAACGAUCCGAUUGUCACAGGUUUCAUCCAAGAUUCGGGGGCCACCUGGGGCGUCUCUAGCGGCUACACCGACACCCUGUUCCAAAACUUCACCUAUAUUGCCGAAGCCUUCGGCUGUACAGGUAGUGCUGCCAACAUGACAGCGUGCUUGCGCACCGUCCCCCAGACCGACAUUGAGUCUCUGAUUCAGUAUCGAGUUGAUGCGGACCAGACACCAGUCUUCUCUUUUCAAUCCAAGCCUGAUAACAUCACCACUUUCGUCAACUCCAGUCAAGCAUAUGUAGACGGUCACUUUGCCAAAGUACCCAAGAUCCUUGGUCAUAACAUGGACGGUACUUCUCUUGUCGCUCUACCGCCUUACCCAUACGAUACUGCUCCCAAUGCGACAGCAGUACUACAGGUGACACUGCAAUUCCGCUGUCCGGCGGUGUACGAGGCCGAAUAUCGUAAUAGUAUCAACCAAACGACAUACCGCUUCAUGUACCUUGGCAAUUUCACAAACAUCUCUCCAUACUGGUGGAUGGGCCCAUACCACUCCAGUGAGCUACCGAUGAUCUUUGGCACUUACGGCGACUUUCGGGGACCUGGAACGGCGUUCGAACAGUCGACGAGCGAGGCCAUGCAGGAUCUGUACCUUGCGUUUGCUCGGGACCCAGUGAACGGACCAGCUAAUCUGGGAUGGCCCAAGUAUAGUGAGAAUCAGAUUGAGAUAUUUGGCAACGGGAGUUCGCCAGCGACGCCUGUGGACAAGACAGAGAUCAAUGCUGCUUGUGCCGAUUACUAUACUUCAUGA